AUGGGAGCUGCGCGGGUCAAGCGACGCUUCAGUGCCGUGGUAGACACACCGCUUGACGAGGAGGAGGUCAUGAAGCUCGCUCAGAGUGAUGAUGUCACAGGGGCAUGUGGAGGGGAUCUCCCCUCUCCAACCUGCAAUGGCAAACUGCUCAACCUGCACCACAGCAACGAAGCGAAGAGUGGUGUGAGAGACGAGGAGGACGAUGAUGAUGAUGAUGAUGUUGAUGAUGAUGAUGAUUGUGAUGAUGGUGGAUCAAUGGGAGGAAGGAGGAGAGGAGGAGGAGGGGGAGUGGGAGGAGGCUGUGGCCCGGCAAUCAUGGGUUCGGGCAGGAGGGAAGGGGGGUGGCAGCGAGCCCAGAGAAGUUUGUCCCCCUCCCCUUCCCCCUCGCCCCCCCUAGGCAUCCAAGGCCGCCGCCGCCGCCGCCGGCCCCGUGGACGCUUUGUGGGCAAGGACGGCCGCUGCAACGUCACCUUCGUCAACAUGAGCGACAGGGGCCAGCGCUACCUCACUGACCUCUUCACCACCUGUGUGGACAUCCGCUGGCGCUGGAUGCUGGUGGUCUUCACCCUCUCCUUCCUGCUCUCCUGGUUGCUUUUUGGAUUCACCUUCUGGCUCAUAGCUGCUGCACAUGGGGAUCUAACUGUCACAUCAUCAUCUUCCUCCUCCUCCACAUUCACUUCUUCAUCUUCUUCUACUUCUACAACUUCACUGGACCCAGAAGUGGAGCAUUCUAGGAAACUGGUGGAGCCUGAUGAACGUUGCUUUCAGCAGGUGAACAGCUUCAUGGCUGCCUUCCUCUUCUCUCUGGAGACACAGACCUCUAUAGGCUAUGGUUUCCGCAGUGUGACCGAGGCCUGCCCCCUGGCGGUGCUGGCUGUCGUCUUGCAGUGCAUUGUGGGCUGCAUCAUCGAUGCUUUCAUCGUCGGGGCGGUCAUGGCCAAGAUCGCCAAGCCCAAAAAGCGCAAUGAGACAUUGGUGUUCUCUGAGGUGGCCGUGGUGGCGAUGAGGGACGGGAAGCUCUGCAUGAUGUGGCGUGUGGGAAACCUGCGUAAGAGCCACCUGGUGGAGGCCCAUGUCCGGGCACAGCUGCUGAAGCCAAGAGUGACCCCAGAGGGGGAGUUUCUACCUUUGGACAACGAGGACAUCAAUGUGGGUUUUGAUACAGGCACUGAUCGAAUCUUUCUGGUGUCUCCGGUGACCAUUGUGCACGAGAUUGACGAGGAAAGCCCGUUCUUUGAGAUGGACAGGCGGACACUCGAGACAGACUCAGAGCUGGAGGUGGUGGUCAUUCUGGAAGGCAUGGUUGAAGCAACCGCCAUGACCACACAGUGCCGCUCUUCUUACUUGGCUUCUGAGAUCCUUUGGGGUCAUCGAUUCGAACCUAUGCUCUUUGAGAAGAAAAACUGCUACCAGGUGGACUACUCUUACUUCAAUAGGACGUAUGAGGUCCCUGACACGCCAUCCAGCAGUGCUAAAGAGCUGGCUGAGAAAAAAUACAUCCUGGGCUCCCGUUCCUCUUUCUGCUACGAGAAUGAAGUGGCUUUGCAGCUCUCCUCCUCUCCUCCCCCCUCCCCUAGCAAAAUCUCUCCAUCCCCCUCUCUCUCUCCUUCACUCACUCUCCCCACACCUCCGCCCCCGACCCGUUGUGGCUCCCGCAAUGAGCACCCACACACACAUUGAGCCCUCACUAGUGCCGGGGGCA